UCUUGCGGUUCACUUGGCAAAACUUUCCCAAAUUCAUUCAUUUCAACUCUUAAUUUAGCGAGACACCCUUUCACUUUUUGUACAUCCAUUCAAUCCUCACUAUUUAAGAUAAUCCGCAGAUAUGGGAUCAGAACACAAACCAAAUUCUGACUGGAGGAAAUUUGCAAUAUACUGGCAACAGGUAAGUCAACAACAUGCUAUCAUUUGAUCAUUGCUUCGGGCUUCAAUUAAUUAAUUAUUUUCAGGAUUAUAUUCAACUAACAAUGACCAUCUGUUGCAGAUCAUCUAACUACCAUAAGAAUGGCAAUUCAGACUAUCACUUGGAUGAGCGCCUUCCUCUGCCUCGCGCAGGUUUUCUCGAUGCCCAUCCCUUGCCAGCUACAAGGACAGCUGGUGCGAACAACCCACAACCUACUGAGAGACAUGGGUGGUCAUUUUCCUCUGGAGUGCCUGCAGGAGAAUGUCUUCAUGGCAUUCCCAGCCACCUCAUUUGCAACCUCCGGGGCGCCACAGUUGAGCAGCAGUGCUGCUAAGGCUAUUUAUGAGACAUUGAAGAACAUCGACACAUUGUUCGGAACUGACGAACUGCCGACAAUGUGGGACCAACAGAAGUUGGAGUAUUUUCAGAACAUUAUCUACCGUCAGAUUGAAGAGAGCGAGUGUAUGAGCAGUGUGGAUACAAGUGAUUAUCCCAUCAGGGCAGAGGGCCUGAAGACAUACUUUGGGAACAUUGCAGCAGUUUUAAAAGAAAAGAAUUUCAGUUACUGCGCCUGGGAAGUGGUUCGAAAAGAACUCCUGUACACCCUAGAAUUCAUUCUGAAACACAACUCUGACAGCCUUCUGUGGUCCAACAGAACAUGAAUUUGAACUUGCAGAUAUUUUUUUACUAAUGUGUUUUA